AUGUGUGGAGUGCCACGGCUAGUGUGGGCUGAUGACUGGAGUGAGCCACGGUUUGUUUCCGGAAAUGAGCAAAACAUUUCGCUCAGUGCUUACAACGCUAGCCUCACGCAACAGAAUGUGUGGAUGGUGGAAGAAAUGCCCACACCGUACAUUAUGCUGUACCUGAACUACAAGGGUCCAAAUGAGCCGCUCAUUAUCUCCGCCCCAAGUAGUCUCGGUGCGAGCAUGGUGAAAGCUACCGAUGGCCGUUGGUGCAUCAGAAUCAGCAGGCGACAGGAUUAUGAAGUGCAGGAACAGCGUUCUCCAUUGAUAUUGGUUUCCGUGGAAAGCGCUAGUAAUCCCUAUGUUAUUCCCGUACAGUUGGUCAAUGUUCUGGAUAAUGCGCCGGUAAUGACGAGCGAAAAUUAUUGCGAAAUCAACGAAUUGCAGGAGAGUUUCACGUCGGAAUGUUUGUAUAAUGUGUACCACGCCGAUGGGUUCGAAAGGGGUAAUAUUCUCAAUUCUAGUACGAAUGAGAUCACGUUGGAAAUCGAAGACGCCAACGCCAGAGAUCACUUUGAGUUUGUGCAAGCUGAGGAUAUGAGACCGGAAGAUCCUAUUCACAAUAUUCUGUACUUUCUGAGGGUAAACAAAAAGUUGGACUAUGCAGAGAAAUCGUUGUUCAACUUCGUUACCAACGUUUACGAUCUGGAUCGGACACAUUCGUUUAAAAUAAACACCAUUGUCAAGGUUCGCAAUGUGGACAGUCGUAAUCCCACUUUCAUACGACCGUUCACCACCCAACGGAUAAUGGAAAAGGAAGAGUAUCGUACUACCGUAAUCGCUAUUGACAGUGAUACGGAACUUAACAAUCCAAUAUGCUACAGGUUGCUGACCGCGAACUCUGAAUAUCAAAAAUAUUUUGCUAUUGGAGAAAAUAGCGGUGAGUUGACCGUCCAUCCAAUUGACCGAGAUAGUGAGCAGAAUGAGCUUUAUCCAUUCACGAUCACAGCCUACAAGUGCCAUAACCCUAGCAAUGAAACUAGUAUUGAGGGAGCUAUAAUUCUCGAGGACAAAAAUGAUUGUUAUCCGGAGUUUGAUGUCAAACCGCAUGAGCUGCAGUUUUGGGAAAACACUAUAAUGGAGCUCGCCUUUGAACGGUUUAUCGUUGAAGACCGUGAUCUUGGCGAGCACGCCCGUUACACGGUGCAUCUAUCGGAAACGGUAGAGGGGAGCACACAGGAAACAGAGUCCUUCGCCAUCAUCCCGUCUAACGGUUACCAAAAGACGGCAUUUACGAUUAACGUAAACAACGCGGCAAAGCUUGACUUUGAAGUUCCCGAACGCCAAACCUUUCAACUGCAUGUAACAGCACGAGAACCGAUCGAGCCAUCACACGAGCGCCUGCAGACGAUCACCGUGCGACUGCAAAACUGGAACGACGAGGUACCGAAGUUCAACCAAGAAGAGUAUCAGAUCAGCGUGCUUGAAACUAUCGGAGAAAACCAUCUGCUGGCAACGAUUUCGGUAACGGAUCGUGACAUUGACGAUGGAAUCAGCUUAGCAGCACUGGGACGAAUUGCCGAGAGCCUGGACAUAGUGGCGCUUCCGGUUGGCAUGGACUCGGGUAUACCGAGCUAUGGCUUUGAGAUCAAAACAAAGGUGGCAAACAUUUUCGACUAUGAUAUCGCCAAAGAGGUUAUCGUUCAACUGCUUGCCGAAGACAAGCUGCAAACAGACCGACGCGAGCCACUUCAUCAGAUAUUUUCUCAGCUGUCCGUAAAUGUGAUCGAUGUGAACAAUAAGCCACCGCAAAUAACUUUGCCCCGCGGAACGUUGCACAUACCGGAGAAUUCCGUCGCCGAGACGGUCGUAAUCAUCGGCGAAGCCGAAGCGGGAGAGAUCAUUGGAACCGAUCCUGAUACCGAGGCAGAUCUGAUGUUCAGCAUCGAUUGGAGUAGCAGCUACGGCUCGAAGAGUGGUGUUCGCGCGAAGGCUGAAAUGUACCAAAACUGUUUUUACAUUGAUGAGCAACGCGUGAAUCGUCAGCGUACCAUUGGAACGUUACGCGUUAACCCGGAUUUCAGCUUUGACGUUGACUACGAGAUGUACGACACGUUAUUUCUCAUGAUUCGUCUCGUAGAUCGUAACCAAACCAUCAUGCCCAACGAGGCAGUAGCAAUGAUUACGGUACAGAUUGACGAUGAAAAUGAUAACGCACCAGAGUUUGACAAAGAUACUCUCACAGCGGUCCGAACGGUGAAGGAACGUUCCGAUGCUGGCGUCACGAUAGGAAAUAUAAUUGCAUACGAUAUCGAUGGACCUGGCAAUAACGAAAUGACGUUCUCGAUGACACCCAUGAACUCCGACCACCAGGGAUGGAUGAGCAUAGAUCAGAACGGAAUCAUUCGAGUAGAAGGAAACCGAACCAUCGACUGUGACACUCCUCCGAUUGAGGUGGUUUUGCAAAACGUAUCAGUCGCGGACUGGAAAUGGACCACCAGUCACGUGUUCACGAUCGUGCUGAUGGAUACGAACAAUAAGCUCCCGUAUCACGACCCCUUUCCCGACGAGGGCCGUGUGUACAAAUUCGAGAAAAUGAAGUCCAAAAGCACGGUGGCGGUCAUUGAGGGCAACGAUCAGGACCGAGACACGGCUUAUCACACCGUAUCGUACGAGAUCAAUUAUAAGGAUUUUCCGCAGCUGCAACGAUACUUUGAAGUUGACAGUAGUGGUAACGUGUACGUGAAGGAUAACAAUGAACCGCUCGAUAGGGAUGCCGGAUUGGAGAGCAUUAUGAUAAACAUUUUGAUGGUCGACAAUGCCGGAGGCUACGACACUCAAAAUCGUGUUUCUACAAACAUUUAUCUGACCUUGCUUGAUAUAAAUGAUCAUUACCCGGAGCUGCCGGACCUAGCUGCUGAGAGCUCCGAGGUUUCCGAAGAUGCCAAGGAAGGGCACAUAAUAAAGGCAGAUUUGGCAGCUAUCGAUUUGGACGAUAGGUUGACGCCGAAUGCAAAAAUCAAUUAUCAUAUACGAAAAGUGACCCCUGGAGUCGGAACAUCGCUUUUUUCGUUAGAAAACGACAACGAAUACAAUGCCACACUCAAAGCAGCAACCGACUUGAAGGGAUAUUAUGGCAACUGGACUCUCAAAAUCGAGGCAUGUGAUCGAGGCAGCGAAUAUGAACCAAUUAUUAAACUCCCUGAACCUGCCCAAGACAACUGUAGAACUCGGGAUUACGCACUGGUCAUAAAUCCGUACAACUAUCAGGCACCGACCAUCGCGUUCCCAUCGCGCAACACUCAACUACGCCUAAAGUAUGAGUCUCUGUACAACGGUCGUCCGCUAAACGACACCAACGGUUCACUUCUUGGUGACUUCACGGCCAUCGAUAACGAUGGAGGCAUAUUCGGCGAUGUCACCUUUACGCUGAAAAGCACCGACGAUGGUGGUAAGGACCACGAAGUGUUUCGGGUUGAUAAAAUUGAUCGUAAAACCGGUCAGCUCGUCCUGGAAAACGCGUUGGCAGUGCAGCCAUACCCGAAAGACUACAGCAUUACGGUUGUAGCCACCGAUGGCGGUGACAAGCAAACCGAAGCGCCUAUUAAUAUUGUCUUUAUUGACAUGACUGGCGAACCGGCCUUCUUGGAACCGAGCUUCGAUACCGAUUUUACAGAAAACGAGGAAGGACGAGAUGAACGCCGCCAAUUACCAUUUGCCGAAGACCCGAAAAAUGCUGGCCUGCCCCCGGGCGUUCAGACGAAUGUGUUCUACUACAUUGACAAAACGUUCGGAAAUGCGAGCCAUCUGUUCGAGCUAGACUCCGUGAGCAACGUGUUGCGUUUGGCCGUCUUGCUGGACCGGGAAGACAUACCUAACCACGAGAUACGCGUCGUUGCGACGAACAACGAAAACGGUCCACCGCUGCCAAUAGUGGAAUCGUCAACAGCUUUGCUAGUGGUCCGCAUCAGAGUGAACGAUGUCAACGACAAUCCGCCUGUAUUCCAGCAGCGCUUCUACGCCGCCGGAAUCACGACUAACGAUCGGGUUCAGAAACCACUGUUCCGCGUGUUCGCCGAAGACCCAGACGAGGACGAAAUCAUCCGCUACGAGAUAGUGGUCGGUUCGGUUGAAACGGUUGGGGAAAAUCUUCAAACGGACACCCUGCCCUUCCGGCUCGAUCCUGGUAGUGGUGAGUUGACGCUGCAACAGAAAGUUCAGCCAUCUCAGAAAGGCUACUACCAGUUCACGAUCAUCGCGUUCGACAGGGACGAUACGCACAACGAUACGGUUUCGGCGAAAAUUUAUAUAGUAUCCGAGUCGAACCGUGUAACGUUCGUGUUUCUUAACAGUGUGGACGAGAUAGACCACCCGGACACUCGUGAUUUCCUUUCCCAGCAGCUGUCCGCCUCGUACGAUAUGGAAUGCAAUAUAGACGAUAUCGACCAGGCGGUAGAAGAGCGCCAAGCAACGAUAAGCAGUGAGACGGAUGUGCGAACACAUUUCAUCCUGAACAAUCAGGCCGUGGAGGCGAGCACUAUACAGCGGAAAUCGUCCAACCGGACCUUUGUGACCGAGCUAAAGACGGCCCUAAGGUCGCGAAACUUGUCCCUCCAGAACGUCCCGACACCGGAAGAACCGCUGAGCGAAGUAGACGAAACACUGCAGGUCAUUCUGAUUGUGGUUGCCGGAGCGCUGGCAGUUUUGUGUGUGAUUCUGGUCGUGGCGUUCUUCGUUAAAAUCCGCAGCCUGAACCGGCAGCUCAAGGCACUGUCCGCGACAGACUUUGGUUCGAUCUCGUCCGAUCGGCAGGGUAAACCAGUGCGCAACGUGCCAACCACCAACAUAUUCUCCGUCGAAGGCUCGAACCCUGUGCUGAACGAUAACGAAUUCGGACGCAGUCGAGGGGCCUUUUACGACGAUCUGAGUAUACAAUCAGAGGAAUCUGAUUUUAUGGACAUGGAUAAGGAUAUGUUCGCUACGAAGAAAAAGGAAGGUUUGAGUCCCGCUUUCCUGGAACACAUUCGCCAGCGGUCGCUAAAUCCUUUGGUUAACACCACAGCCUCUACAAGUCUCGACUCUGCAUCGACAGCAGUUCAUCAGAAAAUCGAUGAAACCGAGGAUGAGUUAUCACAUCGGUUUUGAUUCGAAAAAAGGAGAGAGAGAAAAGAAAGCUGAUUCGCAAUGCGGAUACUAGGCAGCGAGAAUGGACAAGCCCAUCCUAUCCCGACCUGUGUAUAUAAUUUUUUAUUAGACGGACGAACUGAAGCGAAGGGUUAACGGAAAUUGGGAUUUUAUUAAAAUGUCAUCGCUUGACCUUGUCAGAAACAGCCUUCAGGUUUAUUCUGUUACGUCACGGCAGGAGAAGAGAAGACCGUCCGAAAAAUAGUAUUUGGAAGGUUCCACAUUUUGAAAGGAUUUUGAUAAAAAAAAAUUCAGUCGCGAGUCGGGCUGUCCUUCGGAAGAACAACACCAUCUGUGGUCAAGUUUCUAAAUAAGAUACAGCAUGAAAAUCUUCGCUCCUGGUGCGGCCGGUGAGCGUUAAUCGUUUUUGGUUCUGUCUUUUAUGAUUUCUUGCUUUAUUUACCAUCUCAACCCUUCAUCGAAUCCACGGCUGUCGGGAGU